GGAGCAAACAAACAAUUCCGAUGAGAAAAUACCAAGAACUCCAGAUGUGGUAAUACACAGAAAACGUGUUCCAAUGUAAAGACGACUGAAAUCAUUAGCGUCAUGACUGAAAUCUACAAGUAAUGUUAACAGAUUAAGAGAGACAGGAUGCAAACUCCAUACAUUCUGGGUUUUUUAAUCUUUCCCAUCUUCUUGGAGGGAUGCUGCGUGAGAAACCGUCAAGCCAAAAGAACAGGUCUUCAGCUGGAUACUCUACACCGGCACUACAGAGCUGUGGAGGGGGAAAUCUUUAUGAUGCCGUGCACAGCAUCUGUGAACCAGCACAGCCCGAUGGUGUGGUCCAGGACUGGAGAAGGCAGAGAAGGAAAUGAAGGCACAUCCAUCGCCUGUGGGAUGCAGUUCCGAGCAGAAGCCAAACAUUCUGGAAAGUACACAUGCAGAUCGUUGCUGUCCAGUGGCAGCUGGUUGUUCUUGUCCCUACAGGUGGUUGAGAGAAACAGUGUGCGAUGCCAGCAGGAGGAGAGCAGUGUAAAGCUGACGGUGUAUAUAGGUGGGCACAUCCCCUGCCCAGGUUUCAACUGUAGUAACAACACAGAUAUCAUCUGGUACAAGGGUAAUGAAGCUAUGUCAGAGCAAUAUCGAGAGUUCUGUCUGAAGAGGAAUGGGGGGUUAUAUCUCUGCAAAGUCAAAGAGUAUGAUACUGAGGUAUUUUUCUGUGAUAGACAAAUAAUCGAACAAGGAGUCAUAUGGACCUUCAGGAGGGCUGUUAACGUCAUAGCCAUACCUGAAAAAGCAAGUUACUCUCCCAGGAUUACUUAUCCCCAAAGCAACACGACAGAAGAAGUGGAGCUUGGUCAAAGUCACAAUUUGAAGUGUAAGGUAUAUUUUCCUGUUGAGAGAAAGCUUUUGGUGCAGUGGUACAUGAAUCACGGGGGCAACAUGGAGAAUAUGACUCCACUACACAUGGAGAGUCCACAACAGGUGGAUGUGAAAUUUACAGAGUCCGAGGUCAUACGAAGCGCUAUCAUAGAAGAGGUGACUCCACAACACUUGAAGCACACAUAUACCUGUAUCGCCAACAAUACUGUUGGAAACAGCAGUGUCACCAUCAGGCUCAAGGAGAAAGUUAAAGUAAAAUGGCCAUCGCUGGUUGGGUACCCCAUUGUGUCUUUGCUGCUGGUAGCUGGACUAGGAAUCGUUUUGCAUGUGAAAUGGCUGGAAAUACAGCUUAUCUACAGAUCCCACUUCCAAUAUGGAAAACAUGAUGGAGAUGAGAAAGAGUUCGAUGUGUUUCUGUCGUAUGUAUGGAGCCCUCCAUCAGCAGAGGUGGAGGGAUUGUUGACCCUUUUCUCCAAGAAAGGACCUGACACAGAUAUGGAAGCAUGUUUAUCCAGCAUGGACCAGCUGAACACUGAGGAGGGUAAAUCUAGACUAGAAGCUCUGCUACCCCAAGUGUUAGAGGACCAGUGGGGGUAUCGCCUCUGUCUGCUGGAGAGGGAUGUGCUUCCUGGAGGAGCAUAUACAGAUGAUGUGGUCGUUUCAAUACAGAGAAGCCAAAUGCUUAUCUGUCUCCUGUCAGCUGACUACCUCUCCAACAGCAAUGCUGUGUUUGUGCUGGAGUCGGGAGUCCAGGCUUUGCUGCAAACCUCUACCCUCAAACUCCAGCUCAUAUGGACCAGUAGAGCCUCAGCAUCCCUCACCCAGCCGGACCCCCCCCUCCCCACACUGGUCCAAAGGGCCUUGAGGGUGCUCCCCAGUCUGGAUUGGACCUCAGGCAAACCUGCUAAAGCCACCAGCAGUUUCUGGAAGUCUCUGAGGAAGGCCAUGCCCGAUCAGAGAGUGAAGCCGGCUUCCUUCCAUCCAGGACCGAUGAACAGACUGUGACCAAAAACAUUUUUUCCAACAUGAUGUACAGCGUAUUUAUUUUUACAAUGCAACUUGUAUUACUGCAUUCUGCAUCAUGAAACGGUUCGUAGGUCAGUGCAAGACAUGAAUGAAGAAAUGUGUCGAGGUAAUUUCCAAAAUGGUAGGGAUGCCAAAUAAUUUAGUCUCAUUUUUAAAUGUGGGGGGAAAAGUGAGUCACCCUUUAUGCCCCUCUCACGUCACAUAGUGGUGUGCACUCUGAUCUUUAAUUUCCAUCUGAGCAUAAAAAAUUAUAAAUAUACAGAUGAGAGAUUUCUACUAGUACAUAAAUUAACAAAAAAUACCCCAAAAAAUUGGAUAUUCUUAACAAUUUACCUUCAAAUAUUACCGUUUAUAUGGCUGUUUGUAUAGAUUUAAGUACAGAACUUGCUGGGAGUUGUAGUUCAUGUAUCGUCUCAGCAGACAUGUCAGCGAUAAACAUUUCACACAAUACAGAUCAUUCAAAAUGUUUAUUUGACUGACUUUUAAAUAUGUAUUCAAGAGAGUUCUCAACAGUGGAUAUUAAUGUGAUUCAUUUGGGCAAGCACAACAGGCAGGCAACCCUCAGUGGAGUUUAUGUUUCUGGUCAUGGGGAUUUUCCAAAAAGUGUCAGGCACUGAGGUACCACAUUUAUCUGAACUGAAAGGACUGGGGUAAUAUUUCUGAUGUGAAAGUGGUGACGGAAAGUGUUUUUAAAAGUACCUAGUCAUUGCUAACUUGCAUUUUAACCCCUCGGAAAUAAUGUAUUAUGUGUGUUACCAGCUCCCUGGUAUCCAUGUGAAGGCUGUCUUCACAGUUGUCAACUAAAAACACAUUAGCAGUCCUUCCAUUGUGAAAAUAAAAAAAGUUCACAGCCACAUUUUUUUGCCAGAUUCAGUGAAGCAGACAGAAAUAGAGUAUUGACUAAGCAAAACAAGAAAUACUGGCACAAAGCUCAAACCAACAUAAAACAAAACAAACCAACUGCCUAUGAGGUGGCACAGCUGGUGAGAACAAAGGGUUGUACAUUGAGGUUGAGAACUGAACGAAAGAAAACAAUCCAUCUGCACGUCUAGUCUAUGCCGCGUGCGCACACACACACACACACACACACACACACACACACACACACACACACACACACACACACA